ACUACUCUUUGAUGUUUAAAAAAUGUUAUUCAGAGCAGGUGGAUUCCAAGAUCGUUUUAUUUAAGCAGCGAAAAACAAGUUAUGUCUGCAAGAAAUAAGAAAUUUGAACGUGAACGAGGGGCGCUCAGUUCUAGCUCCACUGAGAAUCUCACAUCAAAGAAACUGAACUCUUCAAAGGCCAGCCGACCGAGCUCUGCAGACUUCACCAAAUAUUCAGCGAGAUCAAAUGCAAGUUUGGUAAGUUUUAUGUUCCUUAGUCCUUGCACACACACUUCAUGUCAUGAACUCAGAUUGAAUCUCAUGUCAAAAUUUUGUGUAGUACAUUAAAGAGAUUGUACUCUAAAUUUAGAUUACAAUACAAAAUUUGACGUAAUGAAUUUUUUUCCCUCUGUCCGUGUACAUUGAUGCAUGUAUGCGAUGUUUUUACGUACCAUUUGUGCAGGUGAUUUAGUAUAUUGAAAAGUAGCUGGUAGCUUUAGAGGUGUUGUAAACCAAAACGAGGAAAGGAGAGCAGGGCCCAGUUGUUCGAAGGCCGAUCAGUGCUAACCCGGGGUUAAAGUUUAAUCCGGAUUUCUUUUUCUUUUGUUCAAAAGCAUUUUCUCGGAUAAUUUUGUGUAUUUUUUUUAGUGCAUCCAGUCAUCAAAACUGUAGACAAAAAGAAUUAAACUGAAUUUGCAUCUUAAGCGUUCAUAUCUGAAUUCAAAUUUUGCACUAACCCUGGGUUAUCUUAACCCAGCUUUGAACAACCAGGCCCAGGUUACCAGCACGGGGAAUGGAAUAAACUAUGAAAAAUGAAGACAAAACCUAUGAAUGUAAACCACAGCUCCAUCAGCGACUUCGCUACCCAUUAUUUUGUCUGUUUUGUUCCCAUUUUUUCAUUUUUCCAUUCCCUGUGCUCAUGAUCUGUUCCCCAUUCCCUGUUUUAUUGCAACAUUUUACCUUCAGACUAAAGGAGAUAUCAACCCUCAAACUAUCAGGGCCACCCUGUCUGAAAACACAGACAUGGGUGUCCAAAGAAGUGCUUGACUAAAAGAUGUAGUUCUAAAGGUGGUAUUUAUUUAUUUAUUUAUUUUUCGGGGGCCGAGGGGGGGUGUUGGGGUCACAAGAUAGAGGUAAGAUUAUUUUUUUGGAGAGGAGAUGACUGAACUGUGCCUUUAGGAAAUAAAUACAGCUGAUGAUGAUGAGGAUAAACUUGAAAAAAAAAUAAUCUGGUAUGUUUGGGGGGAAUGGUUUAAAGGCAGAGACUUUUUGCAGUACAAACUUAAGAUUUUAAGUGUUUUACUUUAUCAGGUAGUUGGAAUGAUCUAGUGUUUUUUCGUGAAAAAUAAUAUUACUCUCUGCUGUGUUUUUAAAUUAUUUUUGACAGGAGUCGGAAGCAAGUGACUUUUUGUCAGUGACAGGGAAAGGCAAAAUUCCUAAAACAUCUGGACAGCAUAAAAGAAGUAAGGGUCCUCUCGCAAAACAAAUUUAAUUAGAAAGGAAAAGGUUAGAUAUCCAGGGAAACAUAUCUGUUUUUAACUUAUGAAUAAAGUAAGGGAUAUAUUUGGGCUUGUGACAAAAUGCUCCCUCUGUGAUUGUAUCCAAUAUGUGCAAAUAAAUCACCAGCUUAAUCAAAUCACCACCAAAACAAAGCUCGGAAUAAUAUUUUUCCUCAGAUAUGUUACUUUAUCCAUUCCUAAACUGAAAACAUCCGUUAAAUGAAUCGCGACAUCUGUGUUUGAAUGAUUACUCUGAAUUUUAGAUGUUAGUGCUUGGCACUUUCCAAACCGUUCAACUUAAGUUUGAAAGCAGAAAAUAAUGAUCAAUUUUUCUAGACAAAUAUUCAAUACUUUCAAUCUGGACGAGUACCUUAAUACUUCGUAAUUUGCAGAUGAGAAAAGUCACGCGAUAUGUUUACUGUAUAGGCCAUUGAACCCGAGUUGAAUUUGCAUGCAAACUUGCCUUUUUCCAAUGUGGCGUUCAACACACAUAUUUCUAUUUCGUAGUUGUUACAAAGUUGGCUGUGUAACUAACAGUCUUAACAUUUCUUUUCACAUAAAUUUGCAGAACAGAUUGUCACAGAAUAGCGGCUGCAUGUAGGCACAUUUCUUCCAUUACAGUGGCGUCAGGUUACAAAUCAAACUAUAACCCUAACCCAGACACCCUAACCCUAACCUUAAGUUAUUACAAGUGUAAUUGUAUAAACUUCCAUACCCUCCUCUGAGUUUCACACCUUUCUUAAUUGUCCUUUCAAGGUGGAAGCGCAGGCUUUGUUAGGUCACAGGUCAAUGAAGUUUAUGUAUCUGCUAGCGACAGUGACAGUGCACGGACAAGUGGUAGCUCAGGAGCCAGGAGAAAAGCUCCAAAAAAACCAAAAGCAACAAGGUACAGAUCUAUGUACAGAUCUAUGUUGGAUGUUGUUUACAGAUGCAAGACAUGAUGAAGAUGCUUAUUGCAUAUUUAUUUUUAAAUACAGAGUGUCAGUGAAUUGGAAUGUGUGAAGUAGUGACCCAACCUCAACUUUGUAAAUUUAACCUGUCUAAGUAUUUCUUUUCUUUGUUAAAAACUCAUUAUUUUCUGUUAUUCUUAGGUUGUCUGAGGAUCAUAUUCCUCUCAUUAUGUCCCAAGCUAAAGCUCGUGCUAAACCUAAACUGGCCACUACUUUUCAGGCAAGUAUUGGCCCUUUUAUCACUAAAGAAAUCCUCUCCUAAAAUGUUAACUGGCCAAAACUCUGUCAUAUUCCUCAUUCGUGUUAGUACUGUAGGUGAUUUUGCAGCUCUCGAAUUUUCCUUGCACCUGGCAAGUCUUACAUGUAAUUUUCCUUUUUUAACAAUUUAGUUGGUAUACAACUUGCCUGGGGCCCUUGACCUUCAGGCAAAUGAGAAUGAAAAGUUUCUUGCCCAGCAGGAGAUUCCACUUGUGUGGUUGACCAGAUAACACUUUUUUUGGGCCCUGGUUUUGAUUUGGGGUUGUUAUCUUUAAAAAUGUGUUUGAAACUUGCAGACUGUAGUGUUCUCUUCCUUUCACUAUCAUUAUUAUGAUCAGCAUCAUCAUCAUUAUUAUUAUUUUAUUAAAUUCCCGCAGCGCCAUAAUAAUGCUGCUAAUGCCAAUCAGGUUGCCUUGCCAGACAGGCCAUCAGCAACAUCACAGAACACGUUAGAACCAGAUGAGGUAGAAGAAUGGUGGCAGGCUCUUAGUGAUCCUGCUCCAGUCCCUCCUUUGUUUUUACAGUCCCCUACUGAAUCAAGCCGGGAGCAUAACUGGUGGACUGGUGCACACAAUACUAGCAACCAAGCUGAUAAAAACUUUACGCAAGAUGAUGUUGAGAACUUACGGACUGUCACUAAUAAUCUAGACCACAAUAUUACUGAUUUUGACAUGGUUGAAGGGAACUCUCGAAUCAAGCCCAACAGAUCAAUAUCAAAAAGGGACGAUAUUCCUAAAUUGUUUCUUGAUGAACUCAUUGAGGAUGAGAGUGAGAGCAAGAGAAGAAAGGCGGCUGUGAACAUUCAGAGGUGGUAUCGUGGAUGGAAAACGAGGAAAGAACUUAAUGGACAGAAUGCCAUCAAACAGCUGUUGAGUCAGAAGAAAUCAGAAAAGGAGACCCAGCUCUUCAGUGCAAAGACUGAGGUCCUGAACAAGUUGUAAUUAAUUGAUUUUGUUGUUUUGAUUAGUUUCUUACCUUGUCCAGUUUUUCUGUCCUUAUUUUUUGCGAACACUCAUCUAGUGUGACGAAAGUUGCUUUUCGGAAUCAAAACUAUCGGUAUCUUUGCUAAGUCAUCGUUCAACAACUUCUUGAUGCCUUUGUUAGUUUCAUUGACACUGAGCACCAAGAUCAACACUUAAAAGGGACACAGUCAGCUAUGAUACUGCACUGACCUGCACACUAGUUUUGCCAGUAUGAAAAGUGUUUACCUCAACCCGAAAGCAAAUGAUAUGCGUCAAAUGAGUGCUCUCAUAUGACUUAGGGUCUAUAAUCACAGUUUUGUUUGCCAUUAGUUCAAUUCCACAGGGUUUGUUUAGAUAUUCCAGAUGCACUUCUCACUUUCUGUUUCAUGUGUGUUUCUUAUGAUAUGCAAAUCAGCUGAGAAAAUAUGGUAUCUAAUGUGCAUGUGCAUCAGUUGACUGUAUCCCUUUAAAGUAGAAGGGUAAAACAGACCACAGAAAUCUGAUGCCAUUUCCCUUUCCUCAGUCUGGACAAGGUUGGUUUUGGACUGUUGGCUACCUACUAGGACAUUAAAAUUAAUAAUAAUAACUCUACAAUGUUCGUACAAACCAAUCGUAUUUUACAAGGAAAAUAUUUCACUUGAGAAAAAUACUAAGAAAGGUGUCAAAAGUUUGUUUAGUAAAGAAUUUUUUUAAUUUGACAGGUAAAUAUUUUGAUUUGGGACUUAACAAGAUUUGGUAACAAUACACCAGCACUCAUCUACUGGCUUAUUAGUGCAACAGUAAAACUCAAACCACUUUUUCUACAACAUUGUACUUUUAGGAAGAACACAGAGAGCAAAAAGAAGAAGAAAAGAGAAAAAGGAGAGAAGAGAAAGCAAGGUUGGCAAGACAGGCAGCAAUAGAAGAGCUUCAGAAAAAGAGAGAUGAAAAAAGGCAGGAGAAUCAGAGAAAAGCUGAGGAAGAACUGGUUAGUACUACUCUCUUUCACCUUGGGAAGCAAGGGUGGUGCAGUGGUGAGAGCACUCACUUCCUGGAUCAGUUGAGGUUUCUAGGUAACCCACCACCUACCCCUCCCCUAAGUCAACAUUAACGCACACUUCUCACUUAGGGCAAAAUUGUGACUUAGGGGAGGGGUAGGUGGUCACUCACCUAGAAACCUUGAUAGAUCCCGCUUCCCACCAAUGUGGCCUUGGUUUGAGUACUGGUGUAGAUGCAAUAUGUAGGUUGAGUUUGUUGUUGGUUCUCUCUCUUGCUCUAAGAGGUUUUUCCCCAGGUACAAAUUACAAGAAAAAACUACAGUUUAGCAGCUACAUUUUGUUAAUGAGGAAAUUAAUAAACUUUAUAUUUUCUCUUUUCAGUGAAACUGUGAUAUGGUCACCUUAAUUAUACAUUUUUUUUUCAGACUUUCCUCCAAGCCAGUGGAAAAGUAAGCAAAAAGAAAUCCAUGAACAAGCCAAGAUCUAAAGUAAAGAAAACUAGUGAUGCUGGCGCCACUAGCAGUACCAUAAAAAACAAUGAACCAGUUAAUUUAAAUGAAACAGCAUCCAGGCCUGGCACUGCAAGUAGUGUUGGAAGGAAAGUUGAAGAACUAUUCCAGGUCAGUAAAACAUAUUAGUUGCUAAUGGCUAUUUAUUCUGCACUGAUCUUUUAACUGUCAUCCUGUUACCAAUGGCCAGUUACCAAGCAUGUGGGUUGGGGUGGGGCUAUAUGUCAUAUAUGCCUCCAUUUUUUAAAAAAUAAGCUUAAUUACCCGUAAUUAACAACUCCAAAAACAGUACUGCCGGGUAUACAUUAUCGUCUGUUAGACCUUAUUCCAAAAUGGGAUCAAAAUUUGUUGUUUUUUGUCUUUUCCCCUGUUGCCUUGCUUCAAGGUAACACUUCUUUCGAAUUCUGCAGGUGCAAUCGAAGUGUGAGGGCUAAUUAACUGCUAAACGUAACACGUAAAAGAAGAGUAGUGUUGUCUCCACUUUGGAAUAAAGUGUAUUAACUUAAUAGGGGUUUAAUCUAGCAAAGCCCAGUGACCCUUGCCUUUAAACAACCAGAUGGUCAUGCUUUUUACAUGGCCAAACUUUGAUAUAAUAAGGUACUACGGUCUUGACUGUUUCAGAGCUUUUAAGUUCUUUUUUCUUAGAGCACAGCCUUGCUUAACCAAGGCUGUUGAACUGAAAGCUAUUAUGAGCUGGUUUCUGUGUUAUAUUUGGGGCUCCCUUAGCACCAAAACAUUGAAAAAAGUAUUUUCGAUUUCAUUCCAGGAAUCUAGAGAAUCACAAGUCAGUAGUGCAGCUGCUUCUGAUAACCAAGCACCUCUGUUCUCUGAUCGUACAGAUGAAACAGAUAAAACAAUAACAAGGUAUCAAAAUGUCAUAAAAUUAACAAAAGCAUAUGUUUUUGCUUAUACCUCAAAUACCUUUGUAAAAGGAGAGUGUCAGGGAUAUUUUUGCUAAUAGAUAUCCAGAUAUGCUUUCUUUUAACAUAGGAAAUGAUUGUGUAAUAAAACUAAGUUUAAAAAUAAUAAUUAAAUAAAUAUUUUUUAUAAAAAUAUGUGUUUCUUUUUUUCUUUUCUUGAAAAGAUUUGGCAGGGUAUUUCAGUACAACUAAGAUUCAGUCAACAGGAGGAGAUUGCACUUUUGUGAUUUUCACCUAGCAAAAAUAAUUUAAUUUAAUUUUGUUUCAAACAAAAUGCGCCUCAUACAAAAUGAUUUAUUUCAGAUUUUUUCUUUGUCCCUUUUCCACAAAGCUAUUUUAUUUCAGAUUUACAUUGAGAUUUCAUGAACACUGGUAAUUAGAUCAAUUUUCAUUGAAAAAAAAUUGUGUCUUGAUUGGAGCAAUGAUCAUUGUAUAAUGGUUUUGUUCAGCUCACAGGCAGGUGUUGAGAGUAAGACAACCUUUGAUGAUCUUCUUGAGUCACUAAAGCAGUUGGAGGAGGAACCAGUAGGUUUAAUCCCUGUUGAGGAAAGCACUGAGCAUAAGUUUGGUGGAUGGAGUAAGUGCCUGCGUUACAACUUUAUGAUCGGGGGCACCCAAUGAGCGAAUGUUUCCAGAUACAUCAGGCGUGCCUUAAAAAUUAAUGGUUUUCUCUAUGCUUUAGAAGCCUCUUUGGUUAAUCUGGAGCAGCCAAACUAUUUACAUGUAUCUGUUUGGAUGUCUUAGGGGAACUUUGUUCAUCUUGAAAGUUUUAGGUAGCUGUUUUGUAUCAUCCAAAACUGUUAGCUACUCUGAUUGGUCCUGUCCAAAAGUUCGGGGACAUGGAGUAGCUGUACUUUCAUUGGAUGAUUCUAGGGGAAGUUUUGAGGAAACCUUUUUUAAUAUUAAUCACAGUAUCUUGGUAAUGAAAAUUAAUGUGAAAAGCACAACCUCUGAAAAUUGUACACCGAUGGAACAGUUAUCCAGAAAUUUUUUGCCUUUCUUGAACUUUCAAAAUGUCUAGGUAAUGUUUCCUCCUUUGAAUAGUUAUUUUACCGAAAAAAGUCAUUGGGUACCCCUGAACGAUGUCUUGAAAGUUUUUGUCUGUCUUAAUAUUAAUUUUGCUUGAUUAAGUGAGAUAAGAUUAUUUCCCUUCCCAGCAUUUUAUUGUGGUUAUGUAAUUUAUUGUGGUUAUGUAAUCUGUUGCUCGAGAAAUAUCCGUAAUCCUGCAUUAAGAGCUCAUUUUGUUUACCCCACCCCCGACUGUCUUGAAUUCCCUUUUAGGGUCACACUUUUCUUGAAAAAUAUUUGCCUUUAAGAGACCCUUGUCACCCACCCCUCUGAAUUUCCAAUUUCCAAUAAUAUUUUUGUUGAUGGUUACCAUAUCAAUUCAAUGCAAUAUUUAUUAUUGCAGAGCAAGACUAUGAAAACAGUGACCAGGUUAGUCUAUUUUCAUUGCUCUCUACUAGCUAAAGUACAGUCCGUUUGUGGACCUCUGUUUAGAGUACAACAUUGAUAGAGCAUUAAACCUAAAAACACUUUACAUUAAGUUUACUGUGUGCGUAUGCCAUACAAGUACAAAUUAACCAAUCCCUGCUAGUCCCUAUGGAUGUAACAAGCAUGUGUUAUUUGUAGUGCUAUUUGUGGGUAAGCAACCAGGAGUUGAAGAGAUGUGGUAAAUUAGCAAAUUUCUACUAAAAAAUUGUCUCACACUAAGUUCUUUAAUAUGUCUACCCACUCAAACACACACAUGCAUCCAUUUUUGUCUCAUUAUGCAACACUUUGGGGAGGAGUAUUGUGCAAAGCUUCAAAAAUGGCUGCUUGGGAGACUACCCAAACGCCUGUAGCCUGCAUUGCAUACAGUUUUAGAGUAAGCAAAUACUUAUUCCUGCAUGGAGGUUGAAGGCUCAGGAAGACUGGGCAGAUUAACAUCUUUGAUCAGCACAAUAGCUCUUGUGAGCUCAUCUGCAAUAUAAUGUGUGUCUGAUGUUUAGUUAUGUACCAAAAAUCUGUCUGUCUGUAUGUCUGUCCAUCUGUCACAGUAGUGUUCUGGCAAGUGCUGGUUUUCUACAGAUUAUAUCCCUCUGAAAAUAAUGUAGCAGUAAGUUAGCUAAGUACAUCUACCUGUACUUUUUCAGUCCCAAUGUCAAGAGAAGAUCAAUAUAGUACUACACUGUGUAUUCCAGUAAUGAUGUUUUUUUUUAUAGCCUUAUCUCUCUUAUGCUUCUUUGGAUCAGUUAAACAAAGCCAAAUUGGAAAGGUAAGUUAUUUUCUUGGUUAUAGUUUCUUGGAUAAGUGGUUGCUAUGCAAAUAUGCAGUUUGCUGAUUUACUUUUUGUUCAAAGUCAGCCCAUAUUUUAGGCCACCUCUCCCCACAACCUUCCAACAGCCAACCAUCUCCCCAUAACAUCAGCACUUACUGUAUUAAUCAGAGGGGUGGGGUCCAUGAUGAAUUCAGUUAAUAUAUUAACAACUCUUACGUGCUGUUACUCAACUAAACUAAGUAUCUAGUGCAAACUGGACUGGAGAAGUCUUUUGGUUAAUGACGAUUAGUAGUCCAAACAAGUAUCUCUUUGUAUCAUUUUUAGGUAGUUAUUUGCAUGGGACUGAAAUGACUUCUUUUGAGAAAACGAUCUCUUUAUUUAACGCUGGACUAUUUUUUUAUUUGUUAUUUUGUUUGUUUGUUUUUUUUUCUUACUUUAGCCAAGGCCAAUCAGGUGCUGCAUUGUCUGCUGAAAAACUAAGGUACCCCGCCGGUAUGAUAGUCGGAAGUCCGUGUACUGUCUUUAGUGAACUUACGUAGCAUUACAGAAGAGGAAAGAAAACGGCAAACCUUGUGUGACAAGCGUGACAAUAAGUUGACUUUCCUUUAAACAGAUCUUUUUGUAAAAGACCAUGAAACAUUGAUGUUAGUGAAGAUCACGACAGAACACGCACGUAAUAGCCUUGUCCCGUUGGUCACGCGCAUGGGAUUUGCCGUCCUGUUGCGUUAACUCAUCGUACUGUGAAGAAGAAACUUUUUCAUGAAUGAACGCCUCCGAGAAAUGGGUACUUCCCCCCCCCAACCCUCCCCCAAACGACAACUAGAGUUGGUCCUUUCCAUUCUGCAGUCAUUUAUUUGUCCCUCUAUAAACCGACUGUCUCUCUAAAAUGGACUCUCAGUGCCGGUCCUAACACUUUACACUGGUUUCGCUACUUGCCAAACUCAGCGAAGGGGGUAACGAAUUCAGCAAGUAGCGAAAUCGGUUGUUACCGUCCUAACAGUAUCUGUUUUGAGAGAGUAGACAGUAUAUCUGUCCAGUAAUCAUUAGGAGUGGUGGGUAACUUUUUUUUUUUUUUCCCAGGAGUAUCUUGACGUUCUUGGAUGAAGUAGAAAAAGCUGAGGAUGAUGCUGUCAGCGACAUCACUCAGGUUUGUGCCAUUAUUUAGCUUGGUUGAUGAGGGUGUUGAAAUAUUUCCACUGAAAUGAAACCUCAUGAGCAGUUUUUUUUGCGUGGUUCUAGUUUUUCUUUAAGCAUUUUACAAAAUGGGUUUUCAUAAAUUUUCACUUUGGCAUUUUGAGGUCAAAAAAUAUUAAGGCAGCUCAUAAGUUGCUUCUUGGAUUUGUUCGGUAAAAUCUCGGUGAGUGCGUGGAGUUAUCUUAAUCGUUUUAAGUUAACAGUGUUAUUGCGUUGAUUAUUUAGGCUCGAGAUGGUGCAAUUUCUCGCGGAUUACCAUCAUCAAGCACUUCAGCUUCUGUGGCAGUAGAUAGAGAGUAAGUAUCGAGAAACUAAUUUAUAGUCCUGCGUGUAUUCAGCGGUCGUUUGAACGAGUCACGGAAAGUGCCCCCUUAUUCCGAACGAGUUCAUUGUCGGUUCACCAAACAUUACAUAUUCAUGGUCAAGUUGUCAGUUUAAAGUUACUGGCGUUAUUUUAUUUCAGUCGGAAUAAAAGCCUUAAUUCCAAUCUCUCGUGAAGCGAAAAUGUGGAAACCAAGAACGCAAAUUUUGUUUAUCUUCUUAAUUGAUUAAUUUGUGAAAGAGGACAGCUGGGCUGCGCUGCGCUGCUUUCUCUAUUGUUUCUGACCCGGCUUUUGGUUGCGCUACGUUGUGAGAUAAUGUUUAUGAUUUCCUUGUUUAUCGUAUUUAUGUUUUUCUUUUAGAGUAGCUUUUAAUGGAGAUGUGAGACGGGACAAUUAGCAGAGACGUUUUUUGCGCAACACAGCAUUACAACGUUGUUGCAGCAUUGUUUCGAAUGGUUGCCACAUUGUUCCUGCGUUGCCACGUUGUGUCUAAAAAUCGUCGUUGCGAAUCGUUUCGUUGUAACAUGACCUUAAGUUAGUUUCUGAAGUAAUUAUGGGAUUUCUUUGGUCUGGCAAUGCUAGCUAGUACUGUUCUCUGUGAUUGGCUUAUAAAUCACGCGCGUUUUUCUAGGCCAGUUAGGAGUAAAACUAAUCCUACAGCUGUAACAUGCUUGUACGCAUUUUCCCGCGCUUUGCACCGGGUAAGACUACUUCAAGAUCUGAUUGGUUUGUUAAAUCUUCUACUCGUGUUCUGAUCGGCCAGAGUUAUUACCUCGGUUCAAUACCCCACUUUUUCAUUGAGUAAUUCUUUUCUUCGCUACAGAAAGGAAGAGGCCGCCCUUGAAUCUGCUGCUGCAGCGGCUACUGACGUCACAACAGCCAUGCUUGCAGUAAAGAUAGAGUUAGAAGAAAAGAAACGAACCAAUGACUUGCUUCAAAGGGCUCUGGUUAGUGAACGUCAGCCUUAAGUCACACCGCAAUCAAAUUAUCAACUACCUUUCGAAACCUUUACUAUAACAUCAGUUCUCUGAAUCCUUUUGUCUUUUUUAAAACCCAGCAUUCAUGGAAAUCAGGUUUUUAGUGGCAUAUUGUUAUAAGUUAUUAUAAUAUUACGAUCAGGAUUUUUAGGAUUUUAGUCAUUGUAUUGGAAUUUAUUGUACCUGAUGAAUUUUUUUACCGUGUAUAAAUAAUGAUUGAAUGAUUAAAGAUUAAAGAAAGAUGAAUGUCAAGGAGUGCUUUGGGUCUGCAAAAUCUGUCUCUCAAAACGAGAUACCGGUCGCGGGGACUUUACUCACGUCGCGUUUGCUUUUUCGUGCUUGCCUGUGUGUUCGCUUGGUUCGCAAUGUGUAGAUAAAUUAGGAUCUACUCGCAGUUUAUCCUUUACUGAAAUAGGCCACAUUUUUGGGUCGAUUUUUUGACUCAGGGAAGUAGCUAAGGUUCACACUGAAACUAGCCUGCGUGGCAAACUAUACCAAAAGUCUAGAUGACGCGUUGGCCGUCUGCAACCCAGGCUGAAAUGUCGAACCAGUUGUUAAUCCAUCGGAUCAUCUCUAUCCAUUCACAAUUGGUUUCCCUAAUACUUAUUCGCUGGAUAGUUAUUUAUCCAGUGGAUAGCGCUAUCCAUCUUUUGAACAACCUGGGCCAGGCUUAAAAUUCACCAUCACUUUUCUAUCAUUGCGCAUAAGCGCAUAUCAACAUUCCAGUCCUAGCAGUCUGCAGGAUGUCUGUCACGUGAACCUAGUUUAGUUGCCUUGGUUCCUACGAGUCUCCUGUAGCUUAGUGGUAGAGCAUGUGGACUACUGUGGAACCUCGAUAUAACAAAGUCCUCGGUAUAACGAAUGAUUUUCUUUAUCCAAGUGAUAGUAAACUGUAUGGAAAAGUACCUCGAUAUAACGAAACCUCGUUACAGCGAAGACAUUUUUUUAGUCUUUUGGCACUUCGUUAUAUCGAGGUUCCACCAGAAAGUCAAAGGUUCGACUCCUGUUGGAAUAACUCGGAUCUUUUCUUCCAACUGAAAAAAACAUCUUUCUCACCAUAUUCUGUUGUUUCUCUUGUACAGAACCAGCAGCGGGAAUUCACGCUUCGGCAGGCAAAGGAGAUGGAGAAAGAUGCGAAACAGAGACUUGCUAUUCAACGACAAGAAUACGAAGCUGCAAUUCAGAGGCACUUGUCGUUCAUUGAUCAGCUUAUAGAUGACAAAAAAGUUCUUUCGCAACGGUGCGAAGAAGUGGUGAAUAAACUCAAAAGUACCGACAAAAAGUACGGAGACAAAAUCAAGCAAAUGGAAGACAAAAUCAGUUAAGCAAAUGAAUAAAUAAGCUCGUUUACACUUGUGUGUAUAAAUAAAGGACAGCGGCGGCGGUGGUGGGGCUCGAGCAAAUAAACCAAACAAAUCUUUCCAAGCCAUUAAUUUUCUUUCUUCCUUUUUCUUCUUCUUUACUAACGUAUUCCUACCUAACUAUAUAUAAUGAAAAUAUUUUACAAAAGUGGGAAUAAAACUGAAUUGAAUUCAAAUGUUCCAGCUCAGCUUAGGACUCGAACUCGGGACCUCCCGGUCGUCAGGACAGCGCCCUAAUUACACGGCCAUGCUGCCCCAAACCAGAUAUCCAUAAGCUCAUUGCAAAGCAUAAAGCGGAAGUGAAAUAGCAUUGUUCUUGAGAUUGAGUAAAAUUGUGAUACCCUGAUCUUGAAAAGACGCAGUUUUAUUUGUAGCUGUUGUUAGGUUUCCUCUUUGGUAUUAUCUGCUGUUACUGGAACAUUUAUUGAACUACAAUAUAUUAUUGCUAGAGUUUGAUAGCUUGUGUAAAAAACGCGUUGAUGUUUGUCGCGAGAUUUGCUGGAAUUUUUUUUGUAGUCACCAAGUUGAAAUCAAGAAGCAAAAAGAAGUUAUUUUGGCAGCUGAAAAACUAAGGCGUGACAAAUGGAUUAACGAAAAGACUCAGCAAAUUAAGGUAACAAAUGCCCUUCCCGGAGUCAGAACUCUUUGGACUACGUUCAUGGUCAAGUAUGUAGGCUUUGCGAACUUUUCAAAAAAAAUGCGUAACGCGUAAGGCAAAGAGACUGACACUUGUUAAUACCAUGCAAGAUACUUUUCAUAAUCGCCUACAGUUGUUUAUGUAACUGCUUCCAUCCUUUCUGUUCCUUCUUUUCUCUGAAGAUUCUUCCCUGACUAGUCCCCACGAGAACGUUGUGAAAAAUUGGUGGUAUUUACGACAAGAAAUUAGAACGAGACGACAAGGAGAAGAGUACCACUUUCGCGUGUCGUCCCAAUCUUUCUCACCGAAGUUGUUUGCUUCCUCAUCUGGAGACUGAGCGCUGCCUAAACUGACUUGUUUCAUUUAAUUUACGCAAUUUUUGCUUACUGGAAGCACCCAAGGGCUCACACCUCCGACCUUAAUACCAAAAUAAUGCAAACCCUUUUUUCUCGUAAAUCAACAGGAGGUUACUGUGAAAGGACUGGAACCAGAUAUCCAGAAGCUCAUUGCAAAGCAUAAAGCGGAAGUAAAAAAGCUCAAAUCCACCCAUCAGGUAACGUCACCACGUGAUCAGUGCAUGUGUCAUUACCACGUGACAUGUGUUGGGUCGACUACAUACUGUUGAACCCUGCGCGUUAUCAAACGCUUGCUGUUUUGCCAGUUAGAUAGAGCAAACGUACUGUGUAUUUACCAAAAAUCGAUCGCAUGUUUUAUUUUAGGGCUAUACAUAUAAUUCCUCAUCUAACUGACAUAAGUUGCGUGGUUUUUCGCGUCUCAGUGUUGUCGUUUGUACAGCAAUCAUUGCUUUGCAACGGUAACAUAUUUUCUGUCGCUUUGAUUGGUUGCAGAUGUACCCGCGCUUGUCAUUAUUGCUCGUUUCCUUUUCUUUGUGUUCCUUUUAUUGCAUUCAAUUUGUUGAGGUGAACUGUGAUUGGCUUAUUCCGAAAUGAUAGUUGAGUGAGUGUGAUUGGUUUACAGGGGGAGUUACUUGAAGCAGAUGAGCGUGCAGGCAGAAGGUACAUCCAACAGAUAGAGGAACUUAGAGAUCAGUUGGAAAGAGAAAAGGAGUCUGCUUGUUCCCGGGAGAGGGAACUCUCCCAACAAAGGUAAAUGUUUCCUAAUCCGUACUCCGUCUAUAGGCUAUACUAUAAGGUAGAAGGUAAAGCUCCUUAUUUAGCGUCGGUAAAUGGUAACAGUCAUCAUUUGACUGCCGGAUAAACCAGCAGCCCACGGUGUGCUUCUUUUUAUUCCUUCCACUCCCCCCUUUCUCACACCAUUGGUGCUCUGUGUUACUAGUAUUUAAAGCUACUUAAAGCUACCGUAAAGGAAAGAAGCAAGCGAAACAAGGAUUUGAGGUCACACCUGGGAAUCGACUUCGAACCUCCCGCACAAAAAGCCGCGCACUAACCGGCUAAGUUAAUCCUUGCUCCUCAUACUCCCUCUUACAGCCUGGGACCAGGCUCCUUGGUGGGGGAGAAAGGGGAAAAAGCUCACCAGGUACAAGGGGAGGAGGGGGGGACUUUUCCUCUUCCCAUCACCUCCGAUAUUUAGCCCCCUUUCCCCAAACGUAGAGCCUAUAUAUGACGACGUUGGUGCCGGAUAUAGUUAUGAGAAACUCUAGCAAUAGCAAUAAUAUCUUGAUAGCUUUUAUUUAGUCUUGAUUUUCCUUUUGAAAAGAUAAAUUUUUAUUUAUCCGGACUAUCAGAGAGAGGGGGUUGAACUUUUAAGGGUUUUAAAUGUGUCGGUGAAUAAAACUAUAACCUGUUAUUUUAUUCGAACGAUCACCUUAUAGAAUUUUAUCAUCAUAUUCAAAAUCUUGAUCGAUUUUAUCCCAGGCCAGCUCUUAAAGAUCGUGUUUAUGUUGCUUCCACGUCACUCGUUUGUAUAGAUAUGAAAAGCAGCUGGAGCAAGAGGAACAGGCAUACCAACAACAGCGGCGGCGUCUGUACGCAGAAGUACAGGAGGAGAAGGAAAGAGUAGCUUUGCAGGCUCACAAACAGCGCCAGGAACUAGACGAGGCGCGCGAGGCUUUAGAGGUAAUCUAAAUCUUCUACCUUCACGCACUAGUGAAUUUCUUUGUUUUCUCCUCAGAAAUUAUUAAUUUGUUCGCGAAAUUUGGUGUCGUAAUCCUUUCCUUGGCUUAUUUAUCCUCUUUUUCUUUGCAGGAAUCUCAUAAAAAGUCUAUUUUGGAGAUGCAAACAAACCAUCAAAGAGAAAUUACUAAUCUGGAAAGAAAACACGAGGUAUCGGAAUGUAUUAUUCAUAUAUAUUACCAAUUUUUUAGCUCCUCGUUAGGGUGCUUUGCACUUCUCACAUUUGAAGGGCAAAGGGGCCUUGAGAUGACUUCGACUCACUUCAAAUAGGUUUAGUUCUUCGGGGGGAACCCAAGUCAAUAUUCAACUCACAUAACAUAUCAACGCCUUGCUCCUUUUCAGUAUAAAAACACUCUUGAAAACAAACAAUUUACUUAGCGUGAACGAGUAACAAACUAUUUGCACCAGUUUUAAUGACAUUGCACGCUUUGCUUGAAUUUUAGUUGGAGGUAAACGAGCUGAAGGAGAGACUGGACAUCGAAAAGCAGGGCUGGAUCGAGAACUACAUGAAAAAGCAGGUGCGAAGCUUGACCAUAAGUAACCAAUCCAGUUUCUUUUCAAGUUUUUCAUCCAUAAUUAUCUCCAUAUCUUUUCAGGACGCCGUACUUAUGGCUAAAGAGCGUGAGUUGAAAGAGGCGGUGAGAGAAGGUCGUGAUAGGGUGAGUCAGGGGGUUUUUUUGCGAGUUAUUUUUUUCUUUUGUUUUUUGUCAUUUUCUUUGUUUUUCCCAUGAGCUAAAACAUGUAAACAUCAGGCAGAGACGGACGAAACUCUAAAACUCUUGCAAAAAUUUGAUGACCCUUGGCGACUUAUUUUUGCUUUGGGCGACUAAGGAAUCGUUUUUCUUUAAACUUAAAACACUAACCGUGCAAACUUUCAUCGGUUUCAAGCAACGUCAAUUUUUUGUAGAGAACUGUUCCUUGAGAAUACAGCGAAAGGUGGCAGAAUACAUAGAGACAGAUAGCUAGCCUCUGUUGUACAAAAUUGCUACGGUUCCAACUUUGUUGUUGGUUUAUAUAAAAGUCAUUUUACAAUGGAGAGUAUUGAUUCUCACGCAGGAAAUUGAAAUGGUUAUAACGAGACUUGAGGAAGAAACGUCGCUGGCGAGAGAGGAAUGCGAACGAGCUGCAGAGAACAGAAUCAAGUAAGUCGUGUCGUUUUCCUUCACUGUCAAACUGCUUAAACCGAAAUAUACAUUUUGGGAAGUAUUGAUUUGGUCUUGACCAGUCACAUUGGAGAUAUUAAUCAUACAAAUAGCGUCAAACAAAAAGUUAACCGUUCGGUUUGCUUCUGCCUGUUAGUGACAGUUAACUCUCUUUAACUUCUGAGAGACUAGAUGACCUACUUUGUACGGAAGUUGGAAGUAAUAUUUUUUGUAACCCCUGGAUAUCUUAGUAGGAGUAAUCGACUCAUUUGAUUUGCAUUUUUUUUCAGGCGCGUGAGGGAUAAGUACGAAUCCGAACUUAAGGAGCUGGAAGAAUCUGAGCGAAAGAUGCAGGAAAAAUACAACAGCAUGAAGGUGAAUGCAAAGUGCUUAUAUUAGUAGCUAACAAACGCCCUCGAGGCCGAUAAAUCUAUAUACUGACAGACGCUACCAAAAAGGGAUUAACAAAAGGAAAUGGAAUUAAGGCACCCUGAAAGAAACACGCAGAUAGAUAGGUAGUACAUGACAGACAAAGAGGCCAUGGUCUCUUGGACAGACCUAGACAGAACAAAGACGCGGACGGCGGUAGAGGUGUUCCAGCAGCUCUGACGAACAGAAGGUAGUCUGAAAUAUCACGUCUCUUCGCCCCACUCCCCAGCGCGCGGCAAAAUCCCCAGCGUUAUAAUGCCGUCCCGUGACGUCACAGACUAAUUCAUGCAAUUAUGCAUAAAUAUCUAAUUGGCGGCCAUGAGUGUGCUUUUCAGUCUCCCUCGCCUUGCCACCCGUUGGGAGGUGGGGCGAAGAGACGGAUGACUUUCAGACUACACUGAAGGAGAAUAUGAAUUUUGGGAUUGAACUUUGCAGGCUCGUUUAUCCGAGGUAGAUGGAGAAAAUGCGCGCUUAAAAAGCUUGUUGAAGCAGAAAGAUGGCGAAAUGGAAGACAUCGACAAAGUGACAAAACGGCUGCAAGAAGAAAGAGGAAAAGUUGCAGAUAUAAUUCGGCAGGAAUUUGCCGACAGGUUGGUACCAACUCUGUAUCUCCAAGUCAAGAAAUGGCCGUUUCGGCAAGUUGUCGGUUAAUGGGAAUAGAGUGCGAAAGUUUACGAUUUUUUUCUUCGUGUAUCAGGCUUGUGACAACCGAUGAAGACAACAAACGACUCAAAACAGAAUUAAGUGAAAUGAAAGCUCGCCACCGACUGGAAAUAGAACGAGUAACCCGAGAAAAGGAACAAGAAAUGGAGGAAGUACAUAAGAGGUUUGUUGGUAACGUAUGAGAAAAUGAAGGACUAGCUGAAGAAAGGCUGCAAUUACCUUUGUUCGAGCUCUGAGGCGAGAGAUGUCACGCACAAAAUGUAAGCGAGAAUGUAACGCUUGGGCGUGACAUCCUUUUCGUGCUCUUAGGGCGAGACUGAUGCUGAGACUACUCACCUGCCACCAAUCGGGGCGUGGCUUCGAAUUCCUGGGGGAGGCCACGCCAUGUGUAUGUUGACUUGCUCGCUGGUUCUUGCUCGUUUCUCCAGGUACUUCGUUUUCCACGCAAUUUUACGUUUUGUCGUCCCUCUGCAUAAUUUUUCUAAACCCUUUCGGGGAGUGUUUCAGUUCAAACUAACGAACCACAAUUAAGUGAUUUUUCUGUAGCUGGGGUUUUUCGGCUUCGCCGCUCGCUCAUGUUUCCUUCGUUGCCUCUUGCCAACUAAACCUCCAGCUAUGCAGGCUACCACACAAAAAUAUCAGUUGGAUGGAGAUUUGAAAAUGUGGAGGUUUGUGAACUAUUAUUUGUUGUUCAACAGAGUGAAGCAAGCCAUAGCCAAGAAAGAAGAAACAAUGAAAACCUUACGAGAACAGCAUCAGGUAACGAAUCCUGUUAAAACAUAAACUGAAGAGCUACAUUUACUUUUGAUGGAUUAUCGGGCCGAGAAAAUGACUGAAAGAAUAAUUCGUUGAAACGUAACGAAGAGGCAAACCAGUUGGCUAUUUAUAGGGAUAGCAGAGAAGUUAAACUCGGCAUUACUGAGAAAAAUCCAUUUAGUGGACAGGGCGGGACUUGCAACUAAGGACAAUGGAUUGCAGGCCGUCCAGCGCGGCUCUGACCGAGCGGCCAUUCUUAGCCUUUAUAAGGCCCUAGCAUGAUGGGUAAACAAACUUGUUGUUUCAAACAGUGUAGGUCUUUUGGGUUCUUCUGUGACGGGAAAAAAAAUCCUUGGCGUAAAGCAGCAGCGAGAAACGGACUUAAAAUAUACUUUCUUCUUUUUUGCGUAGGCGGCCAUGAAACGAGCAGAGCAUUUGGAAUUUUUACUACAAGAACAACGAAAGAAAUUGCUGUCCUGAAAUCAAACCAGGAGCGAAAUGUCACCUCGCAUCUGUUGUUGUGAUUAAUGCCUCAACACUGUCGAAAAAUGACAUCAAGUAGGAGGGCUCCGGAGAAGACACGAGUUGCUCCCUAUAUCAGCACGAUGAGAGUUGGUCAGCGGGACAGGGCGCGCAUUUCAAGUUUUAUCUGGAUAAAACACGUCAGGUGGUACUAAAUCUUAGUGGAAAAAUCAUGCGCCGUUCGCCGAGGUUUCCAGCACAUUUGGCGGAAGCACCUAGUGAAGAACUCCUAGUGGAGGAUUUAUAACUGUUUCAGAAAAUAUAAAAUAUUUUUCGUGCAUUCUGUAGUGUCAUUCCUAGUCCGGCCUCACUAAAAAAGGAAGUCCAAAACUUCAGAAUGCGUUCUAGUUACUAACAAAUCAGUUGUUAUCUAUUAUUUUGGAGGAUUUGAAUAUGAAAUCAUUUUGUAUGUAUAUUUAUUUUUGCAAAUAUCGGAAAUGCGGCUCUUCGGGGCUAAUAAAAUCCUCAAAACUGU